AUGCAGCUCAAAGCUCUUGCCAUCGCAGCCUUCGCUGCCACCGCCUAUGCCCAGGAGUCGGGCGGCCUUGUCCAGGCGCUCAGCAACGUGACGGAGCUCUCCAACUUGACGAGCUACCUGAACCUCUUCCCCGAUUUCGUUCAGCAGCUCUCGCAACUGAGCAACGUCACCCUGCUUGCACCUAGCAACGAUGCCUUCGCAGAGUUCCUCAACUCUUCGGCUGGCUCCGCGCUGGCCAACAACGACGAGGCAUUGAUCCAGGGCAUUCUGUCGUACCACGUCCUGAACGGCACCUAUGAGAGCUUCAAUGACACCGAGUUCAUUCCCACUGCUCUUCAGCCAACGCAAUACACAAACGUCACCGGCGGCCAGGUCGUUCAGGCCGUUGGAGAUGGGGAGACGGUCACCUUCUACUCUGGCUUCCUCUCCGCCUCCAACGUCACUGGCGAACCAGUAAACUUCACUGGUGGUGUCGUUCACAUCAUCGAUGCGGUGCUCAUCGUCCCUCAGAAUAUUUCGGCUACCGCCAUCGAGUCCAACCUUACCGCUGCAGUCGGUGCUCUGACUCGUGCGGAGCUUGCCCAAACUGUGAACGACCUUCAGGAUGUCACCAUCUUCGUGCCCGACAAUACCGCCUUUGACGACAUUGGCAAUUUGAUCGGCAACUUGACCACCGAUAACCUGACGGACAUCCUCACCUACCAUGUCGUCAACGGUACUGUUGCCUACAGCACUGACCUCGAGAACACCACGCUGUCGACUCUCAACGGCGAGAACAUUACCAUCUCCAUCAUUGAUGAUGAGGUGUUUGUCAACUCAGCAAAGGUCACCGUCGCCGACGUCCUUGUCGCCAACGGUGUUGUUCAUGUCAUUGAUAGCGUGCUCAACCCUGGCAACAGCACUGCUGAGCCCAAUCCUGAUGAGGAGGAGUCUGAGCCUGCGUUCGAGGGUGCGUCCAGUGCCGCCAAUGACCUGACCAGCGGUGUACCUACGCCUACUGGCACGACGAACCCCACCGACUCCGCACCUGGAGCCACCAGUUCCUCGUCAGAGGAUAGUGCUCCCAUGAUGACCGGUGCCGUUGGUGCUGCUGCUCUGUUCGGUGGUGCCGCCGUGCUCGCCAACUGGUAG